GCAACCAGCCAAUCAGCAUCAAGCUUUUAUCAUUCGUCGCUUUGCGUUUGAGUGAUGUAAAAUGUCGAGUUAACAAUGAGCUUAAUAUCUAAUUUUAACGUUGUUUAGACUAUUUUUGGACAUUUAUUCAUACAGUUAGAAACCCGGGAGGCAGGUACAAGAUCACCAUCAUGGGGGAACCACAGCAGGUCAGCGCCCUCCCACCCCCUCCCAUGCAGUACAUCAAAGAAUACACAGAUGAAAACAUACGUAAAGGUCUGGCUCCUAAGCCUCCUCCCCCCAUCAGAGACAGCUACAUGAUGUUUGGAAACCAGUUCCAGUGUGACGACCUGAUCAUUCGCCCUUUGGAGAGUCAAGGCAUCGAAAGACUGCACCCCAUACAGUUCGACCACAAACGCGAACUAAAGAAACUCAAUAUGUCUAUUCUCAUAAACUUCCUGGACUUACUGGACAUUCUUAUUAAAAGCCCUGGGAGUAUAAAACGCGAGGAAAAGCUGGAAGACAUUAAACUACUGUUUGUUCAUAUGCAUCACUUAAUAAAUGAAUACAGACCGCAUCAAGCCAGAGAGACACUGAGGGUGAUGAUGGAGGUACAGAAGAGACAGAGGCUGGAGACAGCCGAGCGCUUUCAGAAACACCUGGAGAGAGUAGUGGAGAUGAUCCAGGGCUGCCUCGCGUCACUACCUGAUGAUUUGCCUCAGAUGGAUGGGGCUGAGGGCUCCGGUGAAACUAUACGGAGCACACCUGUAACACUAGCCAGCGCAACUACACCCAGAAUGAAGACUGAGCCCAUGGAUGUAGAAGAGGCAGGGGCCAGCUGUAUGGCAACUACUCAACAGGACAAACCUACAAAUAGCCAAAAACGGGACAAAAUGUGGGACAAAGAUGCUGCUAUGUGUAGUAUCAUUGAUGAAAUUGCUUAACUUAUGAAAACAGGAUAUGUAUAUGUACUUUUUUGGUUUAGAUUAUGCUUAUUUCUUAAAAUAUUGCCACAUAGUCACAUACUGUAACUCCCAUGUUUCCAUUUUUGCUUUUGUUGAUCCAAAUAAACUCAUGAUAAAACA